ACGUUCAGCCGCAGGGUGGGUCAGCAGGUCCCGGAUCUGGGAGCAAGCGAGCGGGCGGGCGCGCGCACGCUAGACGGCAGCGCCCGCUCACUGGGGACGACACCCUCCCAUCCCCCGCCCCCAAGAAAGUAGCACGAUGGCGGCCGCGGGGGGUCCCCCCGCGCCACCGCACUCUCGAGCCGUGAGUGAGCUCUGCCAGAACGCCCGAGACACCUUCCUGGAGGCCUCGCGGCUACUGCUCACCUACGCGGACAAUAUCCUCAGACAUCCAAAUGAAGAAAAAUAUAGGUCUAUUCGGAUUGGAAACCCAGCGUUUUCUACUCGGUUGUUACCUGUCAGAGGAGCAGUUGAAUGUUUGUUUGAAAUGGGAUUUGAAGAGGGAGAAACUCAUCUUGUUUUUCCUAAGGAAGCCUCAGUUGAACAACUCCACAAAAUCCGAGAUCUGAUUGCUGGAGAGAGAAAUAGCAGAUUAAGUGAAUCAAGUCAAACCCAAAGAUCAGGAUCUUCUCAAACUGUAACCAGUAUGCAGCCUAUUAUACCUCAGUCUUCAACAGCUGCUGACUCAACCCCAAUCCCUGUCAGUAGGCAACUACAAACAUCAACUGCACAAUCUGCUGCAAUGGAGGCUGAAACAAUCUUCUUUAAAACCCUUCAAUCAAACUUUCAGCAUGUGCAAGUGUAUGAGAACCAGUCUCUUCAGAAGAAAGCAUUGGCUUCUAUUCCAGUUCAAGCAUUGAAAGAGAGAGCUCAAGAAAAGUUAGCACAAGCCAAAAAAGUGGAUGGAGGAACCCAUGUGAAUGAAGAUGAUUUUUUGUUGUUGGAGCUCUUGCAGUGGUUUAAGGGUGAAUUUUUCCAAUGGGUGAAUAACCUUCCUUGCAGCAAGUGUGGUGGUCAGACACAGUCGAAAGGUAUCUUAUCACCUAACGAUGAAGAUCUGAGAUGGAAUGCGAGUAAAGUUGAAAAUCAUCACUGUAACCAGUGCCAGUUCAGCAAUAGAUUCCCAAGGUAUAAUAAUCCUGAGAAACUUCUGGAAACAAGAUGUGGGCGUUGUGGAGAGUGGGCUAACUGUUUUACACUGUGCUGCAGAGCUAUGGGAUUUGAAGCUAGAUAUGUCUGGGAUUCAACAGAUCAUGUGUGGACUGAGGUAUAUUCUUCAUCCCAGCAGAGAUGGCUUCAUUGUGACCCUUGUGAAAAUGUCUGUGAUAAACCUCUUCUCUAUGAGAUUGGCUGGGGAAAGAAGCUCUCCUAUAUAAUUGCAUUCUCCAAGGAUGAGGUUGUUGAUGUCACCUGGAGAUAUUCCUGUAAACACGAAGAAUUACUUUCUAGAAGGUCACAGGUCAAAGAAGCAGCAUUGCGUGAAACCAUAGAGAGGCUUAAUAAACUGAGACAGCAAUCCUUGUCAGAAAGCCGAAAGAGAGUGCUCCUGGAGAGGAUAAUUGUGGAGCUUGUUGAGUUCAUUUCUCCCAAAACUCCUAAACCUGGUGAACUUGGUGGAAGGAUAUCUGGUUCAAUGGCUUGGAGAGUAGCCAGAGAUGAAAUUGGUUCAGAGAUGAGAAAAGAAGUCAUUUUUAUUCCAACUGGGAAAGAGAAGACGUCUAAACUCUUCCACCUCAGUUACAAUAUAGUGGAAGAUAGCUAUACACGAGUUUCCAAUAGUAAUGAAAAAAUCACUGGCUGGGAUAAAGGUGUGUGGAAGACGGAGUCUCUAUGGAGAAAGGUUGAAAUGGAUUGGAAAAUGGUUUAUUUAGCCCGAAAAGAAGGGUCAUCCUCUGCUUACAUCUGCUGGAAGUUUGAGUGUGGGUCAGUUGGUCUAAAAAUAGACAACAUUUCCAUUCGAACAAACAGUCAGACGUUUCACAGUGGAAGAAUAAGGUGGAGAUUGCGCUCCAACAUAGCAGAAGUUGAUCUGACUGGAGAUAAAAUUCUUCGUUCCUAUUCAGAUUUCUCUGAUGCAACAGAAGUUAUUUUGGAAGCUGAACUAAGUGGAGGGGAUGGUGAUAUUGCAUGGCAGCACACUCAGCUGUUUAGAGAGAGCUUAAGUAACUCUGGAGAAAAUUGUUUGGAGAUAAUUAUAAAACUCAUUGGUCUCUGAGAAUCUAAACAGAAGAGAAAUGCUAUUGGCAACAGGGAUUUAUUAUAUAUAAAAUGCUGUGGAUACAAUGUAAGGACUCGAUUGUCAAUUACCAGGGUUCAUACUGCUGGCAUUUUUUUUUCCCAUUUGCCAGUUUUAAUUUGGCCAUCAUGAAAAUAAUAAAUUUUAUACUAUGGACCAUAGAGAAACAUUGGAAUUUUGCAGGUUUUAUUCUUGUGUAAACUUAUAGCAAAUAUGAAAAUGUCAAAGUAAAAACGUGUUUCAUCCAAAACACAGAAAUUAAGGUAUUCAGAGUUACAAUUGAUGCUCCAUCCUAAACUUGCUUCAUAGUCAGAGGGGGAAAUAAUGAUGGGAAAGCAAAACUGGGUGAGGAACAUACAGCAGUUUUAACUUUGAAUUUGGGGGCUGGUUUGUUUCACAAUCUCUGCUGUUAUUUGGAGUUAAAAUUUGCACUUAGGUGUCUGGUAGGCAGCAUGUGUUAUGUUGUUUUUAAUUUUAAAAGACUUGUAUAAAGGAUAAUAUUAGCCCCUAACAUCUCCUGUGAUUAAAUCUACAUACUAUUUAGGCCUUUUAAAAGAUACAAUAUUAUUUUACAUGAUAUACUAGAACAGGAGCUUUGGAUAAAUAUUAAGGCAGUUUUAAAAGAUGGCCUAGAUAUAUGCAUGUAUUGGUCUAAGUAAUAAACAUAUUUUGGAGUAUAAUAGUAUACUGGGUAAAUACAUUUAUGUUCAGCAUGUACCUAGAAAUUCUGUUAUGGUCUAUCAUGUAAAAUAGAGAUUUAAAAUUGAGUAAAAACAAAUAAUUUUUAUCCUGGAAAAUGCCUAGUUUGUUAUACAUAUUUUUGUACUGUAUAAAUCCAGAUUUAUCCCCCUUUUUAUUAAGUUGCUUAUUGAGCGGAUAUAGAUCAUAAUCACUUUUUAAGAAGCUAUUAUCUUGUGUCAGUCUGAGUCACGUGCACCAGAUUUGGUGCUAGAAGUACAUGAGGUGCUUUUUUUGACCCCCUUGAUGCGUAAAAAAAUUCAGACCAUAGAAUUCAGUUUUUAACUUUUUGCCCCAAACACAACCAACACUACAAUCCAGGAGAUCAAACUUCGAUUUUCAGUCCUGGUCUAGCUCCAUGGCCUGUCGUGGGCUGAGAGUGCUGUGGAUGCAGUAUAAUGAGCCACUGGAGAGUGAUUGGUUGGUUACAACAGCCUCCAUGAACUAUUAAGAAAUUGUGUAACUCUGUCUCCUUCUCCCCUCCCUCCCCAAACACACAAUCAAACAAACAUCUGAGGGACUGUGUUGGGAUUUUUAAAAGCGAUGGACUACCUUAUUACCUGUGUAGUUAUGCAAACUAAGAAGAAACUUCAGGAUUUAAACUGAUCAUUUGUGGGGGAUUAGGAAGAGAUACUCUGCACUCCCUAUGUAGAGAACACUUGAGCAACGCAACACAAAUGAAAUGCACAGAAUUGCACCAAACAGAACAAUAUUAAUAUACAGACAUAUACUCCCAUGCACACUUAGUACAAUGUGACAGCAUGCCUUGAUUAACCUGUAGCUUCAAAGAAAAAAAAAUAAAAAAGUUCUAAUAGUGAGGAAUAAAGUAUGAGACAGAGCUAAAGGAUAAGGAAAUAGUCCAUGUAGAAAAAGGGUUUGUACAGAAGAUAGGAGACUUUGAAAGAACUAUUUAUCAAGUAGAAUCAAUUGAAAAUACUCAAAAGAAGAAGGAAUAAACUGAGAGUAGAAUAUUCUACAUUCUGCUUGAACAGCAGGAGCAGCAAGAAUUACAAAGGUAUGAGGAAAACUAGUAGGAAUGAGGAUCUUAAAGCAAUACACAGUAAAGAGGGGAAAUAAAUUGAUUAAGUUUGUGGACAUGUUACAAGACCAUUUCUCUAGAAAUUAUGGGCUUCAACUCCCAUUGAAGUCAAUGGCAAAGCUCCCAUUGACUUUAAUGGCACUGAAUCAGGGCUUAUAAGGAAGAUUGAAAAGGGUUUGCAAUGUUUUGUAACACAAAAGAUAACUGGUGAUAUAGAAGUGAGGAAGCAUCCCUACAUCAGUAACUAAUUGUCAAGGUUCCUUCCCCACUCUGAACUCUAGGGUACAGAUGUGGGGACCUGCAUGAGAACCUCUAAGCUUAA